UUGAUAACUUCUAUAACUAACAGUGUUCGAAGCAUAUGCCAUAUUGUAGUAAACAUUGUCGUCGUUAUUUCACAUGCACGUGUCAUAUGAGUGUUGACUAGCACAUCAAAGGGACAUCGGCAACUACUUGUCGUCCUAGAAAUAAAAAUGCAACAGGAGACCCACGGCGGUGCUAAAACCAAACCAAAGGAAACGAAAGAUUUCCUCGAAAGAGAAGAAUUCACGUUGAGGAAACGACUACCACCAAAGCUUCCAAAACGUAAAGAUGACGUUUACGUGACAAGAAAGACCGAUUUCCAAGCUCAGAUGAAGCGCUGUCAGAAUAUACUGGAUUCUGGGAAUGAAGUAUACAUUCAUGGACUUGGCGCUGCUGUGAACAGAGCCAUCAAUCUAGCUCUGCAGCUGAAGGCAAAUGGUCGCGGGACAAUAGACGUGUCUUGUCGUACCUCAACUGUCGAACUUACAGACGACCUUGAACCAAACAACGACGAAACAGAGGCAGACACCAGUUUAAGGAAUAACUCCGCAGUUCAUAUCAAAGUCUACAGACCACAAUCACCAAACGAGGAAGUCCAAAGUAGCGUGUCCAGUCCGUGACUCCAUCACACAGAGUUUAUCGUGCCCUGUUCUAAAUGACCAUCUGGCAUACGAAAUGUAUUGAUGACGAUGCUGCUCAAACAUACGAAUGUUGUAUGGGAGCGAAACUAGAUUAUAUUUGUGCUCAUGUUUGUAUUUGUACGCACUCGGUAAUGUCAC